AUAUGCUGCUCGCGAGAGUGCGCGGGGAUAGGAGGAGAUAUAUACGCUUGCUGUUUCCUUUUUUUCCUGUGUUGUCAGUAGGAAAUGUCACUGGGAAUCAGAGACGGAUCGUUGGAAUGUCGGAGCUCUUGUAAACGUUCCGCCGAUCACGUGAAGUCACUUUUAGGAUGAGAAACAACGUGAGAUAGUGUUGGUUUCGCGGUCGGCCGUUGGAAUUGGAAAGUGUGAAUAACCUCAGUAACCUAAGACCUAAAACGCCGAUUGUUAAAAGAAAGUCAAGGAGUAACGUCGGCAGUGCGAUGAGCUCCAGUGAUCUAAAGAGCUGGCCAAUUUUCAGGCUUCUGGAGCCGGAAUUCGUGGCGCAAAUUCAUAUGGCUGUAGUAUACGGUACGAUGGGUAAUGAGGCUUUAAUUAUGACAAAAGACAAGAUGGUAUAUGCUCUGGGUAGCAACACUUCUGGUUGUUUGGGUACUGGCGACAUGCACAGCACACUGUAUCCUAAAAAGAUUGAAGCCUUAUGUGAGAAGGGUAUAAAGACUUUCGCCUAUGGUAGUGGACCUCAUGUAUUGGCACUCGCAGACAGUGGUGAGGUGUACUCCUGGGGUCACAAUGGAUUCUGUGAACUAGGAAAUGGCUCGACCAAUCAAGGCCUCACACCGACACCGGUGAACAUAAACUUGAACGGGAAGCACAUCGUGGAUAUCGCGUGCGGCAAUCAUCAUUCUCUCGCUCUUACCGAGGACGGCGAGGUGUACGCUUGGGGCCAAAAUAAUUGCGGGCAAGUAGGUAGCGGUAUCAGCACGAAUCAGGGCUCGCCCAGGCUAGUGAACUCUAAUUUGGCUGGGAAGAAGGUUAUUUGCAUCACAUGCGGCCAGGCGUCCAGCAUGGCGGUCACCGAGAACGGUGAGGUCUACGGCUGGGGCUACAACGGCGUCGGUCAACUGGGAAUUGGCAAUUAUGUGAAUCAGGUGAACCCAGUCAAGGUUCCAGGCUUGAUGGGAGUCCGAAUAGUGAAGGUGGUCUGCGGACACACCCACACGUUGGCGCUCACCGACGAGGGGAUGCUCUAUGUCUGGGGCGGCAACAGUUACGGCCAACUGGGCACCAAUAACAAGACGAAUGCCUGCAGCCCGGUCAUGCUGAAUGUGCCCGAGAUGGGGAGGGUAUCGGACAUCGCAGCUCUGCAUUACAAUCACAUCAGCGCGGCCGUCGGUGACGGCGGGCGCGUCUUCAUGUGGGGUCAAUGCCGCGGCCAAAGCAUCACGAGUCCGACCGUCACUCCGUUAGCGCACCUCCACGAAGUGCUGGCCUGUUACUCUUCCUCGAACGUCAUGCAUAAGCCACUGAUCCUGUGCGCUGACGAGGAGCUGAAUAUAUUGGAUUGCAUGAGACAGGCGUUCGAUGAUCCUUUGACCAGCGAUCUCAUGGUACACGUGGAGGGGAAAACUAUUCACGUUCACAAAGCAAUCCUGAAGAUCCGCUCUCAAUAUUUCAGGACUAUGUUACAGGAUCCUUGGUUGGAAAAUAGUCAGAGCGUGAUCGAGCACGAUACUUUCUCGUACAUCGUCUACAAGGCUUACCUGAACUACCUGUACACCGGCGACGUCGACCUACCGCCGGAGAAUGCAUUAGAGCUCCUGAAUUUAGCUAACUUGUACAUCGAAAAAUCGCUCAUGCGACGUUGCAUUCAGAUGAUAAAGCAUGGGAUCACCGUGUUGAACGUCGCCUCCCUCUAUAGCACGGCAAUCGAGUAUAACGCGAAAGGAUCAACUCCGAUGACUCACGCCGGAUCGAGUGUACCUAUUCGAGUAAACGGGCCCGCACAGCGUGCUCUACACGUCCGUAAUGCCAGCACUGCUGAUUUGCAGGAGCUGGAGGAGUUUUGCUUCAAGUUCGCGUUAAACCACAUGACGGCUGUGACACAGACGGAGAACUUCGCCAGGUUGGACGAAAAAACGGUUAAGACCUUCAUCUGCAAGGCCGCCCAGUCCGGCAUUUUCAAGACGUAAUUUGGUCCAGCUUAAGAAAGACGUCCACGGUGGUCACGGUAGCACGCGUUCGGACGAAAGGGAGCCUCGGUUCGUUUCGCCCGAACCUCCGCCGUUCCUUGUCGCACGCACACAUGUGAUUACAUAUUCGGUAGUCGAUUAAGUCGAGGCGCACGUUAGUUAAUCAGGAGGCGAAGUCGCCGAUUUCUCUCGUGCAUUUCCUUCCUUCCCCCCUCCCCCCGCCUCCGCAUUUCGUCGUUAGCAUUUCCCGCGCGAAUGCCCGGCCACUUCGAGUGUUAGUCCGCGAUAGCGCACAGUCGUCCGCGUGCGAACGAGCGCGCACGCGGACCAUCCUCGCUCACCAAUGCUCUCCGCUCGAAAAGAGGCUGCUCUCUACGAAACGAGAUAUCCUAGAUUAUUCUCUUUCAUUAGAUUUUACGAGAUUCACUCUGUAGGUUUUACUCUAUUUAGGCUUUACUUUCGCGUAUCGACGAUGGAGAAAAAAGAAAUGAAAGGGAAAAAAGACGAGUUCGCCUCGAUCGCCUCACAGUUGUGAGAAAGGCUCUCUUUUUUUUCCGCAAGGAUUCAUUACUCUACACGAAGCGUUGGCUACACAUUAUCUAAGGUAUCUUUUUGGAUAAUACAUAGUUGAGAUAAUAUGUAGCAAGACAGCUAUUUGGUGUAACGCGUACUGUUCCUUGCUGAAAACAGCCCAAGAUUCAAUCUCGCGUUGUACGCGAGAUUAAUCCGUCAAUUCGAGAGCGAUCGAUCAAGCGCGACAACGAGUACUUUAUCUUUCCGUCUAUAUCGUGUCAUUCCUAAAUGGUAGUUUAGUCAUUUUUUUGGUAUGUGCGUUUAGCUGCCCAUGUGCCCGGCUCGCGAGAGGCCGGGGUCUUUCCACGAUUCUUUUUUCCCACCGGACCGGCGUUCCCGCCCGCCCGCGGGGUUCGUGUCUAUGUAGUACUCUUCACUAUAUACUUGUAUGUUAAUAAAGUUUUAUAUCAUUGUUCGACAACGUAA